GAGACCUUAUACUCCUCAAAGUACAAGAAGACGUUUGGAUAUACUUUCUGUUUGACGUUCGGACGCUUGAUUUAAGCACGGAGUACCCGCCAUAGGGUAAAGGAGUGAUACAAUCCGAGCAUCAUAAGUGCUAACUGCUAAUAAACUGUGCCCCUCUGAAUGGAUCGGUGAAGUUCGAUCGCUCUGGUUGUGAUUAAUACAACCUGGAACCAACGUUGCUUCAUUUGCUGUCUCUCUCCAUCCGAAAGCAUAACACGCACGAAUCGUGUCAUAUUUCUCUCAGUAAGCUCGCUGUGUAUUUUAAAUCCAUGGCUGAUGAAGAAUUGGAAGCCAUUAGACGGCAACGUGUGGCCGAACUGCAGGCGAAACAUGGGGACCAUUCCAAUGACCAGCAGGGGCAGCAGGAGGCCAAACAGAGAGAGGCUGAGAUGAGGAACUCUAUAUUGGCUCAACUCUUAGAUCAGUCUGCCCGUGCCAGAUUGAGUAAUUUGGCUCUUGUAAAGCCAGAUAAAGCGAAAGCUGUGGAAAAUUACCUGAUUCAGAUGGCUCGCUUUGGACAACUUGGAGGAAAAAUUACAGAGGCUGGAUUAAUUGAGAUCCUGGAGAAAGUCAGUCAACAAACAGAGAAGAAAACAACUGUAAAGUUUAACCGGCAUCGUGUAAUGGACUCCGAUGAAGAGGAUGAUGACUAAUAUGCAGGUGUCAUAAAUCAACUGGGCUUUCUGUACUCACAGUACUUUUGGUACUCUGGUCUGACUGCUGACCAGGGCAUGACUAUGACUGACAGAUCAAUUGUCCUGCCCAAUACACAAUCACAGCCAAAGAACUUUGAUCUGUGGUGAUACAGGAACUCUUCAUCUAAAUACUGUUUCUGUUACCGUUUUUUCUUCUUAGUCUUUAGUUUCUCUUUACUCUCUACAUUUUUAGAUGUGUGUUUUUUUUUUUGUUUUUUGUUUUUUUGAGAAUACAGUGGACAUUUCUGAUCUAUUGUUAUUGCAAAAAUUGGAACUGGCCUCAUCUUUGAUUGUGGACUUUUUUGAGGAUACAUAUAUGUGCAACUGUUUACAUAAUAAAAGCCUUAAACAAAA